AACUUCCUGGUCUCUUGUUAAUGUUGCGCGCAUAUUGUGCCUAGAGGGCGGGCUUACCGGUCGAUGUGUAUUUUGUUUAUGCCACAAAUGUCAGCAGAUACAAAGUUCCUGAAAUUUGGUCAUUGUUGGUAGACCUUCGGUGGACUUAUGUGAGACUCGACUCAACUAUACAUGUACAUCUGACCCUUAACCAGUCGAGACAACACAAUCCCUGGUCAAAGAACGAUGUUUAUCAGAGUGAUAGGAAGCAGCCUUUUCAAAUGUUUGCACGAGUUUAGCCGUGCAAGACAAGGAGCACAUUUACAGUUUCCUUGCAGAGCACGCAGUUGUCAUGGCAACUCAAAUUUCUUGCAUCCUGUAAUGUUGGGAUCAGACCCCAGGAUGAGUGGUCAUAAACACAGAAGAAGGAAAAGCUGUUACCAUAGCAACCCCACAAGCCUGACAAGACUGCAGUGUACACAGAAUGGGGCGAUCAGAGGGGAAGAAAUCUCCACAAUCAAGCAGUUCAUCUUGGACAACACGGUAGUCACUCGCAACCAUCUGACCCCGGAGGUCGCACUGCGCUUGAUGACGUCCAGCUGUCGCCUGUGGAGUGCCCCCUCUGAGCAAAGCUCAAGUAUCCUUGCGCAUUGCGGAAUUGACGAACCCUUCUGGGCAUUCUAUUGGCCAGGGGGACAGGCGCUCACAAGGUAUCUUUUGGAUAAUCCGGGUGUUGUCAGUGGAAAGAGUGUCCUGGAUGUCGGAAGUGGCUGUGGGGCUAGUGCUAUUGCUGCGGCAUUGGUUGGGGCCAAGUCAGUCCUUGCCAAUGACAUUGACAAAGUUGCAAUACAGGCCGUUAAACUCAAUGCCGAGAUGAAUAGUGUUGCCAUGACAACCACCUCCAGGAACUUGAUUGGCCGCUUGGCUGACCAUUGGGAUGUUGUGCUCCUGGGAGACAUGUUUUAUGAUAAAGACUUCACAGAUACAGUCACUGAUUGGCUGAGGUGUCUGGCUGAUAGGGGUACGGAGGUCCUGAUUGGUGACCCCGGGCGGAUAUUCCUCCGAGACCACCCAGUCAGAGACUGCCUUGUGAACAUUUUCACGGUGGACUUGUCAGAGAGCUGCAGGUUAGAGAAUAAUGGAAUGACACAAGGAUUUGUCUGGAAGUUACAGGCGUGAAGGAGAUCACAUGCAUUCGCUCACGUAUAUGAGCAGGUGUCUAGUUCUUUGUAAAUGCAAAAUAUCCAGUACAAUCUCAGUCAACUCAUCAACGCAAAAUGCUACUAUAGCCAUCUGAAUGUACUUCAUUCUUGAGCAACUAACAAGGACCACUAACAAGUCAUGGAAGUUUUUUGCUUUAUUGAUUUCUAACUAGGACUGAAACCAACUGAAUGUAAAUUUCAUGCACAGUACUUAGGUACUCGGUACACGCCACUCGUGAGCGUUUCUUAGCCUGGCUAAUGGAGCGCAGGGUAGAAUGUUACAGGGUCAUAGGUCAGGCCAGGGAGGGGGAGACAUCAAGUUGAUAUAAACCCUGCCCUUUUCCCCUUCUUAGCUGUUAACUAACAGAUGGGGAUUAUGAGGUCAUUGUCAAAACUUUUUUCCUACAGCAUGCAAUUAAGACCAGCAGAAGCCAUGAAAUGGAUCAGUGGCUAAGUUUCCAUUUUUUGAGGAAAAGUACCAUAAAAGGAAAUCACUUGUAACAAAAAAAUGAAAUGGUCGACUCUACCCUGAAAAGCUGUGCUCGGAAUAUCAUUGAAGAGUGCUAUAGGUUGCAGGAUGGUCGCUGAGGCUAACCCGCUACCGUUUUCAUUGUGUAUUCGUGCCCCUAUUCAAUGCAAAUGGUCUGUUACCUAUCACUGAGAAACUAUGUCAGUACCCCAAAACAUUUGAUUGUACGUGAGCUACGUGUGAGCAUUAUUGUACAGGGAAAAUUGAGAUCUUUUUCUUCCAGUUGAAUGUUAUAGCAUUGUGACGCAAAUUUUUGUUGUACAUGUACAUUACAUUAUCAGGCAGCGUGAGCGCGCGACUUACCCAUGUUCAGUUACAGAGGGCGCUAUUUGGGAAUAAAAGAGAGCUCGCGCGCGCGCGCGCGGCCAGCCAGGUACGGUGUAGUAGUCGGUGUUUGGUUCUCGUCGCGUCCGGGAUGGCGUGCUGAAUCCAGGCCGUGCUAGGUAAUAGGAGGUUAUGCUGCGUGGAUUCGAGCGUGGGCCUUUGUACGUAAUUGAGUGGUCCCACGGUGGGAUACCGUAGAGGGAACCGGAACUAGGGAUUAGUUUCAGUUCUUAGGGGUGUGGAGUACCCUGGGGAAGAGUACUUGUAGCCUGGAGGAUGCCUUACGGGAGGGUCCAAACUAGGAGGCGCGAUGGUAGUGGGAGGCUAUCUACGGUAGCGCUUGGCAGAGGCUUUGUGGGUACCACAUUAUAGUGGCUACCUGGAGGAAAUUGUCAGGUGUGAUUGAGGUGUAAAUAAAAGAGGCUCAUAGGCCUAUA